AUGGGACCCUUCCCCUUUCACCCCUCCCCGAUCCUUUUACUCCUCCUCUCCCUCGUCCUCCUCCUCUCCCACCCCUGCACCUCUGCCUCCUUCAGGCCCCAGGUUGUGGAGCGGGCGUCAGGCACCCAGCAGCCCCAGUCUUCGGGUAACACCACGGGGUCAGGCAAGCGAACGUGCGCAGACCAGACGGUGUGUAAGCCUGGGAUCCUGCUGCCGGUGUGGCUGCCACUCAACCCUCCAGUGGGGGAGCAGGCAGGGAGGGCAAUCAUAUAUUUCGUCUGCCUCAUGUACAUGUUCCUGGGUGUGUCCAUCAUCGCAGAUCGCUUCAUGGCCUCCAUAGAGGUCAUCACCUCUCAGGAGAAAGAAGUGACCAUCACCAAACCUAAUGGGGAAACUUCGGUAACAACGGUGCGGAUCUGGAAUGAGACGGUGUCCAACCUCACGCUCAUGGCCCUGGGCUCCUCAGCACCUGAGAUCCUGCUGUCCGUCAUUGAGGUGUGUGGGCACAACUUCGACGCAGGAGAGCUUGGUCCGGGCACCAUUGUGGGCAGCGCCGCCUUCAACAUGUUUGUGAUCAUCGGUGUGUGUGUGUGGGUGAUCCCUGACGGCGAGUGUCGCAAGAUCAAGCACCUACGGGUGUUUUUUGUCACGGCUUUCUGGAGUAUCUUUGCUUACAUCUGGCUCUACCUCAUACUGGCUGUCAUCUCACCUGGAGUUGUAGAGGUGUGGGAAGCCGUGGUCACCUUGCUCUACUUCCCAGUGUGUGUACUCUUGGCUUGGAUCGCUGACCGUCGCUUGCUCUUCUACAAAUAUAUCCGUUAUCGUGCUGACAAAAGGCACGGCAUUGUGGUUGAAAUGGAGGGUGACAUGGAACAUAAAGGUAAUGACGUGAUCAUGGAUGGAAAGUUCUCAGACGGCAGCACGUGCCCCGCAAACUCCUCAAGUGUGACUGUCUCUGUACAGACGGGCAAUGAAGUGGACCAGAACAAAGAUGAGGCGGUCCGCAUUCUCAAAGACCUGAAGGAGAAACACCCCGACAAAGACCUGGAUCAGCUGAUUGAGAUGGCCAACUACUCCACCCUGCUUCAGCAGAAGAAGAGCCGCGCCUUCUACCGCAUCCAGGCAACUCGCAGGAUGAUCGGUGCCGGCAACGUGUUAAAGAAACACGCUGCUGAGCACACUCGCCGCUCAGCUGCCGCUGGAGGCCAGGAAGACGACAAGGCCACGUGCUCCCAUAUUUGCUUUGAAAAUGCCCAGUACCAGUGCACAGAGAACUGUGGCACCUUGAGCCUCGGGGUGAUCCUCGAUGGUGGCACCGGCCAGGACACUUUCUAUGUGGACUACAGUACAGAAAAUGGCUCUGCCAAUGCUGGGGCGGACUAUGAGUUCAGUGAGGGAACCCUGGUGUUUAAGCCUGGGGAAACCCGCAAAGAGAUCAAGGUGGGCAUCUUGGAUGAUGACGUUUUUGAGGAAGACGAGCACUUCUUUGUGCGUCUUCGUAACCUGAGGUUGGAGGAGGGAGCGAGUGAAGCCGGGACAGGAACACCACCCAAGGGCAGACUGGUGGAGCCGCUGGUCGCCACUGUGACCAUCCUGGACGAUGACCACGCUGGCAUCUUCACGUUCAGCCAACGGGUGCUGCGGGUGAGCGAGAGCUCGGGAAUACUGUCACUGACGGUGGUGAGGAACUCCGGCUCCAGGGGCACGGUGGCUGUGCCGUACCACACAGAAGAUGGCAGUGCCAAGGCUGGGGUUGACUAUGAAGAGACCAAGGGGGAACUGGAAUUCACCAAUGAGCAGACCAGUCAGACAUUACAAGUGCGCAUUAUUAAUGUGGCCGAGUACGAGAAGCAGGAAAACUUCUUCAUUGUGCUGGAGGAGCCCAAAUGGUUGAAGCGAGGAAUCUCUGCACUUCUGCUAAACCAGGGAAACCCCACCCCUGAGGAGGAGGAGGCCAGGAGGAUCUCUGAGAUGGGCAAACCCAUACUGGGGGAGCACAGCAGGCUGGAGGUCAUCAUAGAGGAGUCCUGUGAUUUUAAGAGCACUGUGGACAAACUCCUGAAGGACACUAAUCUGGCCGUGGUGAUCGGCACUCAUUCAUGGAAAGAGCAAUUCAUCGAGGCGGUCACAGUCAGUGCAGGUGAUGGAGAAGAAGAGGAGGGGCAAGAGCAGCGAAUGCCAAACUGCUUUGACUACUUCAUGCACAUACUCUGUGUUUUCUGGAAGAUUUUGUUUGCCUUCGUGCCGCCCACUGAGUACUGUAACGGCUGGGCGUGCUUUGUGGUGUCAAUCGGCGUCAUCGGCUUACUGACGGCCGUAAUCGGAGACCUGGCGUCCCACUUUGGCUGCACCGUCGGCCUCAGGGACACAGUCACUGCCGUGGUGUUUGUAGCUCUGGGGACCUCCAUUCCUGACACCUUUGCCAGUAAAGUAGCGGCCACACAGGACCAAUACGCCGACGCCUCUGUGGGCAACGUGACGGGAAGCAACGCAGUCAACGUCUUCCUGGGCAUCGGGGUGGCCUGGUCCGUGGCGGCCAUAUACUGGGAGGUCAAAGGUCAGGUCUUCCGUGUAGAUCCUGGCUCACUGGCGUUCUCCGUCACGCUCUUCACCAUCUUCGCCUUCAUCAACAUGGCGGUGCUGAUGCUGCGUCGGAGGCCGGCCGUAGGCGGCGAACUGGGAGGCCCGAGGAUUAUCAAACUGCUCACGUCCCUCUUCUUCAUCGGCCUCUGGUUCCUCUACAUCCUCUUCUCCAGCUUGGAGGCCUACUGCCAUAUACAGGGCUUCUGA